AUGGCUGCAGCACAAAAGAACAUCCGAGCAGUAAUAUUAGGUGCAGAAAGAACAGGCAAGUCAGCAUUGGUGAAGAAAUACAUCCAUUCAACCUUCACUGGGGACUAUGAUCCAUCUUUCGAAACCGUAGACAAGAAGCUUACCACAAUAGAAGGACGAACGUAUUGUCUGGACCUCAUACCUGCGGAGCCAGCAGGUGAGAAUCUUCUCUGCCAGACUGGAGAGGCAUUCAUUCUUCUAUAUGCGAUUGACAACAGAAAAUCCUUCCAGCACCUGCGACAACUACACGCUCAGGUAAAGCAAGCGAAGGCACGGACAAGUCUUGCGAAUUUCCCCAUUUUCAUUGUUGGUAGCAAAGCCGAUCUCGAGAGCGAAAGGAAGGUAUCUCUGGAAGAAGGACGGCAGUUAGCAGUUGAGCUACAAUGUCAGAAAUUAUUCGAAAUUAGUGCGAAGGAUCACCAAGUGGAGAUCGACGAUUUAUUCGAGAAACUUGUACGAGAAGUUAUUCGCGUUGAGCAAGGCAGUACGAUCAAUGAGCCCACUUCACCACUAAGUCAGCAACAAUCACCACCCGUUCGACCCAGGCCUGUGUCGAGGAAAAGCAGCGUGAUGGACAGGCUGAAAUUCGGUUCAUUGAGGCGGAAAUCGAGCAUGCAGACCCUAAGCAGACAAAACACAGACAAUUCACUCAGCGAGAACAUGCCACCCCCAACACCUACAUCAAGGAGUGUGCGCAGCGUUUCGUACGGGACUCCUCUUAGCACUCCUCGGCAAACUCCAGCUCUUCCAACACCUUUCCGGCUGGAUGUCGAUACAUCGUCGUGGAGAGAAACGGUCAAGUGGCCUACCGAAAUCAUACCUGAAGAAGAUUACUUCAAGGCAAGAUAG